AUGCCUGGGCCACGGCCAGGGCGCUUGCGCUCCUUGUUUUUAAUGACAGCUUGGAUGGGAUGGCUGACAACUGCGAUGGCAUUCAAGACCGGCGAUUUCCCGAUCGAGAUGAUCAAUUCGAACAACUCGACGGUGACCCAGCUCGCGAACAAAGCCAUCGCCGACAACAUGGCUUACGACAUCAAGCAAAUGAACUCGAUCCCUGAUCCGGCAUUGAACAAGACCCGUGAAAACGAGACGGGUGAGAAUGCGAACGAGACGGGUGAGAAUGCGAAUGAAACCGACGCCGAAGGGUUGGGUGGCUUGGGAAGGACCCUCGAGUUCUUGAUGCUGAAGGUCACACAGCUCGAGACGCUCUGUGAAUUGCAGCAAGCUAAGAUCGUGUCCCUCGAGAAGACCGUCAAGGAGCUUUUGCAGAUCCCUGAGCACCUGGACGCCGACCACAAGGACAGCCAGGUAACACUUCUGCAGACGGACCCUGCUGCGCACAUGCAGGAGGGGGACAUAGGGGGACCCCCAACAGCAGAUCUUGCGUGA